AUGACGGCCUCCUCACUCCUUUCUUUGCUGUUGGCACUUUCUGUUACACUAUGGAGCUUACCUGUCUCAGCCUCAUCCGACUACCAUGAACAACUCUUCCUACAACCUCUCCCACAAUCCUCCCUACUAGCUUCGUUCAAUUUCCGGGGUAAUACCUCACAACAAUCGUUCGAUAAUCAGCAUUUCAGAUACGUUCCAAGGGCUCUUGGCCAGAUCCUCCAGCACGCGCAUACCAAAGAGCUUCACUUGCGAUUUACUACCGGAAGAUGGGACGCAGAUAGUUGGGGUCCACGGCCAUGGAAUGGCAGCAAGGAAGGAGGCACUGGCGUGGAGCUGUGGGCAUGGAUUGAUGCUGCAAAUGACGAGGAAGCUUUUGCCAAAUGGAUCACCUUAACUCAAUCCCUAUCGGGGUUAUUCUGUGCAUCCUUGAACUUUGUUGAUUCGACUCGAACAACACGACCUGUGGUCUCUUUUGAGCCCACUGGACAUCACUCAGAUGCCAAUUCAUUACACCUCUUGCAUGGAACACUGCCUGGAGAGGUGGUUUGCACAGAGAACCUCACCCCAUUCUUGAAGUUGCUACCAUGCAAGGGAAAGACCGGAAUUUCGACUCUUUUCGAUGGGCACAAACUCUUUGAUGCGGCAUGGCAAAGCAUGUCCGUUGAUGUGCAACCUAUCUGCUCAUCUGACGGGGAAUGCACUAUUCAGAUCGAACAAACCGUCGAUAUGGUUUUGGAUAUUGAACGGUCGAAACGACCGCGAGAUAAUCCCAUCCCGCGACCGGUUCCAAAUGAUCAGCUGGUCUGCGAUACCUCCAAGCCUUACAAUGCUGAUGACACGUGCUACCCCGUGGAAAAAGUGACUGAUAAGGCCUGGAGUCUGAACGAAGUCUUUGGGAGAACUUUAAAUGGCAUAUGCCCUCUGACAGACUCCAGCGAACAGUCUGUCUGUCUCCGGGUACCCCACGAGAUGGAUGUUUUUACAACAGGAGGAGUCUCGGAGCUGAAGAAGAAUGACGGUUUCACUCGCUGUUUUGCGUUGGCAUCCUCCGAGCCCUUCGAUCUCUCGAUCCCAGAGCAACAACUACAGACCGAGGUACCUCUUCAAAACCCGGUUCUUCACGCCGAACGAACCAUUGUCGGUCAUGGGCAAGAGCGUGGUGGCAUGCGCAUCAUUUUCGGCAAUCCGUCCGACACCGAUGCAGUUGACUUUAUCUACUUCGAAUCGCUUCCCUGGUUUCUGCGACCAUACAUUCACACCUUGCAGGCCACUAUUACCGGACGCGAUGGAGUUCGUCGGGAGAUUCCUGCGUCUGAUCUCGUGACCGAGACCUUCUAUCGACCGGCUAUUGAUCGCGAACGAGGAACUCAAUUAGAACUUGCUCUCUCCGUACCUGCCGCUUCGACCGUCACGUUGACCUAUGACUUUGAGAAAGCUGUGUUGCGCUAUACAGAGUACCCACCGGAUGCUAAUCGAGGUUUCAAUGUGGCCCCGGCGGUCAUUCGAGUCUUAGAUGGAGCGGAUUCCCGACCAUUAUACAUUCGGACUACUAGUCUUCUCCUUCCCCUCCCAACACCGGACUUCAGCAUGCCGUAUAAUGUGAUUAUUCUUACUAGUACAGUGAUUGCACUUGCAUUUGGCACUGUUUUCAAUAUCCUAGUGCGAAGGGUUGUUUCCGUGGAAGAAGCGACCGCUCUCCAGGCACAGACCUUGAAAAGUCGGCUACUUGGGAAAUUCGUUGCUCUGCGAGACCGUUUCGUCAAGAAAGAGAGAAAAUUGGAGUAA